AUGAUGAUGCUCUCCCGCACUCCAGGGAGAAAACAUGGAUAUAUUCUCCAAUGCUUGAGGGUGUAUGGUAGGCGGCCGUCGAGCACUGCAGCUCCUACAAAUUCUCUGUCCGAUGUCAAAAUACAAGAUAGUUUCACUCGCUCGUCUAAAUUCUGGAUACCGACUGGAGGCAUCGCUGCUACUGAAAAUGAGGACGCCCAUAACAAAUUAAUUCGGGCGGGUUACCUCCGUCAGUCGCAUGCAGGAAUAUUCCAUAUGCUGCCCUUGGGCCAAAAAGUCCAAGAGAAAUUAGAAAGAUUAAUCGACAAGUAUAUGUUACAACUUGGUGCAUCUAAGGUUUCAUUAUCGUCCAUCUCAUCCCAGGCGUUAUGGCAACAAACAAAUCGACUAGACGGUUAUGGUCCAGAGUUGUUUCGAUUCGAUGAUAGGAAAGAAGUUCCCUAUUUACUAGCACCAACCCACGAAGAGGAGAUAACGACCCUCGUAUCAAAGACAAUCAAGUCAUAUAAGAGCCUCCCUUUACGGCUUUAUCAGAUUGGGCGCAAAUACCGAGAUGAGAUCCGCCCGCGCCAGGGAGUGUUACGGUCGAGAGAAUUUCUCAUGAAGGAUCUUUAUACCUUCGAUUACUCUAUCCCCUCGGCCAUCUCAACUUAUGAAGAGAUCAGAGAAGCUUAUUCUCGACUUUUCAACGAGUUGAAGCUUCCAUAUCUGGUUGCGGAAGCUAGCUCUGGUGAUAUUGGGGGCGAUUUAAGUCAUGAGUAUCAUCUCCCAAGUCCGAUUGGGGAGGAUAACGUGAUUAGUUGUAACAGCUGCGAUUAUGUUGCUAACGAGGAGCUUGCUUCCGCUCGACUCGAGUCUAUGAAGGAAGCCUCUCCGGAGACUAACUCGGGGGAUGUCUUGGCCGCUAAUGUGUGGCGCGGCGUCUCCAAAGAUAGGUCAACACUCAUCAAUGUUUGGUAUCCCGCCUCCUUCUCCGGCGAUAGUAUCAAUACACACGCUAUUAAGUCGGCCCUACCCGAGCUAGAUUCAAGCCUUAAUGACUCCACGCCAUUUUGGUCAUCUACAAUACCAAUAGGCAAAUCUUCAGAACCUCGAAAGCAAGUACGGCUAGUCAACAUCAUCGACUACAGACUAGGGGCGCCGUUUGCCAGUGCGCUUUCAACCAACCCAAGUCCUGAAACACUACUUCCUAAGAACGCAGACCUUGAUCUUUCUACUAUUACUACUGACUACCUAACCGCAUCUGACGAUCAAAUCCCUCUCAAUGUCCUCCGCGUCCGUGACGGUGACAAUUGUCCCCGCUGCGACUCCGGUAAGCUCAAAGUUCAGAAGGCCAUCGAGCUUGGACAUACUUUCCAUCUCGGUACCCGCUACUCGGACCCCCUUGAAGCGCAUGUCCAAGUACCCUCACACUUGAUCGAAGGGGAAGUCGCAUUGAAAAGUGCUGGGGAUAUGAAAACCGUAUCUAUGCAAAUGGGUUGCCACGGCAUCGGGCUAUCCCGCAUCAUCGGAGCCGUCGCAGACCACCUCGCCGACGCCAAAGGACUUAACUGGCCCCGUGCCAUUGCACCCUUUGAAGUCGUCGUAGUCCCAGGUCGAGGCCUAGAGCAAGACGGAGUUAUAGUAGCGGAGUACCUAGCCAAUUCGCAGGCUCAUAGGCCUCUCGACUUGUUACUGGACGACCGCACUGAGUCCCUGCCAUGGAAGAUGCGGGAUGCUGACUUGGUUGGAUAUCCGGUUGUUGUGAUCCUAGGGAAGGGGUGGAAUUCGGAGAGGCUUUGCGAGGUCCAGUGUAGGAGGUUGUCGAGUGUUUCGCAUGUGCUGCUUGAGGACUUACCGAUUUAUAUUAACCAGCUUCUGGCUCAGCUGUGA